AUGGGGGUCUCCACCCUCAUAAUGGAGGCUGUGUGCAACGAAUUUUUCCACGGUCGCCUGAAUUUCGUUGUAGAGAGUCCACCUGUCUUACCAUUGCACGCUGUGUCAUUCGCACUGGCAUCAGCAGCGACUGGAUUCUCUAUCCUGUGGUUUGGUGUCAACGGGCUGUGUGCAGGCUUGGGUCUUUUCAACCUGUUUCUUUACACGUCUGUUUACACACCAUUGAAACGGGUGUCGAUCUUCAACACGUGGCUGGGUUCCGUCGUGGGAGCCGUGCCCCCGGUCAUGGGUUGGGUCGCAUGUACGGGUGCGCUGGACCCGGGCGCGUGUGUGUUAGCCGCGCUUUUGUUUACCUGGCAAUUCCCUCACUUCAACGCCCUUUCGUGGAACUUGAGGCCCGAC